AAUGAAUAAGAAUAAAGGUGUAAGUAAAGAUGUUUAGACACCGCAGUUUUUGGAAAAGAAGCCUUAAAAUUUGAAUCCAAAGCUUAAAUAAUCAGAUUUAAAUAGAAAAUUGUUUACAAUGCCUAUUGAUGCUAAAUAUAAAGCUGUACUUGGACCAGAUACUGCAAGUUUAGUGGCUUAUCUAAAGCAAAAGAAAAAAAAAGAAAAAGCAAUAUAAAAAUUGAAAGAUUCAGGAAAAAUAUAGAUAAUAAAGGAGCCUAAAUAAACAAUUGAUAAAUCCUUGCCUUAAGGAAUCUAUGAAACUGAAGAGGGUAAAUUAAAAGAUAUAUCUGGAAAAAUUAUUAGACUAAAUGACUAAGCUAAGUCUCUAAAAAUAAAUUAAGAAAGGUAGAAGCUUGACAAAAUUUAAGAAAUGCUAAAAAUUUAAAACAAUUUAAAGGAUGCUUUAAAUGACAAGGGACGAUUUUUAGAUAAAAAUGUUACAAUACAACGUAGUAAUAUAAAAAGAUAAAAAAGAAAAUUAUUGGCUUUUAAUUUUAUUGAAAAUGGUAAUAUAGAUAAGGAAUAAGUAUAAUAAACUUCUGUUUAAAUAUAAGAUGAAGAAAAAGACAAAGUAUAAGUACAAGAAAAGGAAAUAUAAAAUUUAACUACUACAUCAAUUCAAACAAAUUUUAAAAGAGUUUGUGUUAAAAUGAAACAUCAUGAUCCAAUUCCAAAUAUAGAAUGGUGGGAUGUUCCUUUAUUUCCUGAAUAUUAGGCAAAUUAUAUUCCAAUUAAUAUAGAAAGUGAAUAAGAGCAUAAAUAACCUGCCACAGCUCAUACAUAAGAAGAAAUCCAAAGGAAUAUCACAUUUUUAGAAUAAUUAUAAUAUACAGAUACAAAUAUAUUAUUAGAUAAAAUAACUAAAUUACUUGAGCAUCCAAAACCAUUUGUCAUAAGUGAAUUAGUAUAGAAUAGAGAAAAAGCUGCUUUGCCUUCAUUUUUAACAAAAAAAGAAAGAAAGAAAAGAUUGAGAAAAAUACGUAUGGAUAUUUAAAAGGAGAAAUAAGAUAAAAUUAGAUUAGGUUUAUAGAAACCAUCUCCACCAAGAAUAACUUUGUAAAAUAUGAUGGCCAUUUUAGGAGCUGAAGCAUAAAUAGAUCCAAGUAAAGCUGAACAAGAAGUAAGAAGAUAAAUCUAGGCUAGAUUAGAUAAACAUAUAAAAUAAAAUGAAGAAAAAAAAUUAACUAAAGAAUAAAGAGGUGAUAAAUUAAAAUUAAAAUGGUAAAAGGAUGCUGCAUAAGAAAUUAGAGUUGCUGUAUUUAGAAUUGAUGAUGAUUUAUCAUCAACUAAUUUAGAAUCCAAGAAAUUAAAAUUUAAAGUAGAUAUGAAUGCAUAAUAAGUGAGUUUAUAAGGUGUUUGUUUAAUAGCAAAUUAAAAUGGAUAAUAAGUUGUACCUUCAAUUGUAGUAGUAGAGGGAGGACCCAAAGGAAUUAAAUUCUAUAAAAAAUUAUUAUUGAAUAGAAUAAAAUGGAGAUGUGAUGAAUCAAAACCUGGCUGUGUAUUAGUUUGGGAAGGUGUGGCUAAGUAACAUGCAUUUAAUAAAUGGAGAACUAUUGAAAUUAAGAGUGAAGCAGAAGGAAAGAGAAUUUUAGCAGAAAAAGGUGUUGAACAAUUUUGGGAUUUGGCAAUGAAUAACCAUCAAAAUUGAU